GUCAUCAAAACAAGUGGCGGUAACAUCAGUAACGUGAAAAAUGAUUUAAAGAAUUUCAUUAAAAAUCACAAUAAAUAAAAGUUUAUGAAAAAAAUUGAAGUUAUAAAGAAAAUUAUUGAAGGCACAACAGAAGAUGAGUUCUUUAGAAGAAAAAAUACCUGCAUUCUCAAUGUGGAAAAUGUUUAAUGAUACUGUACCUGUUAUAAUAAAAGCAGAAUGUUGGGAAGCAAGUAUCAGGAAAUUGGCUUCAAUUAUACAGUCUAAAGAGUAUUCCAAUAUUUUGUUUAUUUACAAUAAAGAAUACAAUGUUACAAACGAACAAUAUCAAGAAAUACAAGAAAAAUAUAAAGCCUUUACAGUGUGGCUUUUAGGGCAGUUCUUUUAUUUAUUAGGCAAUGAAAAAUUUAGUAAAGUCCAUGACAUUAUUGUAGAUAUACAGCUAAGUAUUCUGGACCAAUUGUUCAAUACACAGCUAGACGUUUUUAAAGAAUUAUCCAAAGAAUACAAAAAAGUAUUGAAAUUGUUAGUUGACUAUUACAAAACUGCAAACCAAAAAUUAGUAUUACAAGUGUUUAUUCCCGGAAAUUUAGAAGAAUUAAAUCAGGAACUCAAUUUGAACCCAGUUUUUAUGGAAAUUCACUCUCCCUCCAAAUGUACUCUGAUUUUACAAAAGUUACUAAAAUUUAUAGAGUAUAUGUUAACAAAGAAUUUUACUUCAUGUGGAUUUGAUGAAUAUACAUUUUCAAUGUUAGAUCAUCUAUUAUUUCUCUUGUCCAAUUCUAGCGAAGAAUUGCAGCUGGAAAUUGCAGAUGUUUUUAUUGAAUUAUCUACAAAAAAAACUGAUUCCAUUAAUCACCCAGAAAUAAAAUCCAAAUUUUUGUUGUUUUCAAGUUUAUUUGAAAAGUUUGUGUACAGAACUUUCAAUUCGAGGGAGAUCAAUAGAAAAAAUACAACUAAAUGUGAACAGUGUCUUUUAAAAUAUUUAAGUAGUAGUGAAAAGACUAGAAAUCUAUUCACAAAUAUUCCUCAUAUUACUGCAUUUCUUUUUAAUAUUACUUUAAAUAGCAGGAAAGGAUUUGCACCUUCUGAAGAAUUACAGAUACUUGCAGCUAAAUAUGUAGGUAAUGAAUUGAAAGACAAUAGCAUUGAUUAUAGAUUAGAAAAUCUUGAUUUUUCAAAUGUUGCCAUCAUAUUCAGUUUUUAUGAUCAAAUUUACAAUGACAUUGGAGCAAUUGAAGGUCCUUGUGAUAAUUUGAAAAUAUACUCUGAAGAUAUAAGUAAAAUUUGGUCUAGAAUAUAUAAAAUUAUAAUAAAUGAACUUGCCCAAAAAAAAUGUGGAGAGGACUGUAACAUAUCAAGAUUUAUACAUUUUUUUAAAAGCUUAAGUAAAAUGUUGGUUCAGAUCAAUUUAAAUUUAAUUAAAAGUCGGAAUCACCCAAUUUCUUUCAGUUAUUUUGAUGAAAUAGAACUAAUGGUUAACUUUAUAAGAAAAUAUUUGAACCAUGCCAGCAAUUGUCAAAAGUCUAACACAACCUUCGAAGAUGCUCUAGACUUUUUUAUCGCAUUCAUUUCAGUGACAAAUUCAAAAAAUAUUCACAUAAUUUUCAACAUCAUAGGUUUUCCGAUCCUAAAGACUUUUGUUUAUAAAAGUGAAAAUCAAUUUCCUAUAAAUGUUAUUGCAGAAGAAAAAACAAUAGGAGAUGUAAAGAUGAUCGUAAGAUCAUUUUACAGAUACUUGUGGACUCAGAACAUUUCAAGAAGUAUUUCUUUAAAAGCGCUCAAUAAAUUAUUUUUACUUAUUUCAAGUAAAUUAAUCACUCCAAAACAGAGUAGCAUAAGGGAAAUGGAAAAUUUGUAUAUGAAGAUAUGUAAAUUGGAAUUUCAAUCAAAAAAUUUGGAUAAUAUGCUAUUGGUUGUUGAAAGUAUUCCUCACAUUUUAACCAUAUUUGAAGAUACUGAUAGAAUUUUAUCUCAAAUUAUAAAUCCUGCCAUUUUAUUACAAAUAUCGAAAGUCUUAGAAAGCACUUUAUAUACUUUGCAUAAUGUUUUAUGUGCCGUAAGUUUGGACUUUUUAAAAAUUGUAUACUGGGAUGAUGAUAGAAAUUGCCUACAAUCUACAAUCUGUUGCAAAAAAUGCACCUUGCAAACAAAUAGUGAUUAUGUUGAUGACCUAAUAUACCAAAAGUUUGGACAAAAUGCCGUUGCCAUAAAGUAUAACAAAAUUCAAGUUGAACACCAUAUGCUUUCAUCGAAUUUGAAACACGUCCUUAAUUCAAUAUCAAAACCAUGUCUAGAUUUAAAAAUGGCAGCUCUAGGAACAUUACCAUCUUUCUCAAGUCACCUUCUACAAUUCCAUUCUGUUGAUGUGACACAAAUUUGGGUUCAACUUGCAGCUGAUCCCAAUAAAGAAGUUAGAGAUAAGUUUACACAAGUUAUUGAACCAAUUGUCACUUUUUGCUAUGAUAAUCCAGUUCUAUCAGAAGAUAUAAAAAGUCGUAUUAUAAGAGUAAUAUUCUCUGAAAUGCUAGAUUUCACAGAAAGGUCACUUAAAGAAUCCAAUUUUGACUUACAAGAAACGUUAUUGUGUACUUUAGAGGCUAUUGGCAAAGUAAAUUCGGGCAGCGUCUGGUUAGAAACUCUGAAACUUUUCAUCCAUUUCAUUAUGACACCAACAUCCAAAUAUAACUUGGAUGCAGUUGAUAGAUGUUUCAAAUUAGCGGAAAAUAAUAAAACCAGCACAACGAUUAUUUACAGUCAAAAUAAAAAAGAAAUUUGCGAAGUAAUAACUCAAUUGUGUUGUGCCGUUGAGUCCAAUUUGGCAACAUCACUAGAACAGGUAGCGCACAUGUUGGGAUUCUACGGAUCUAAAGAUUUUGUUAACCAAGAAUGCAACUAUUUACUUCCAUUUUUCGUUGCCAAGACUGUGAAGAUGCCAGCCGUCAAGAACUUGAUACAAGAAAUGGCAACGAUGAUGGAUAUUGAUCUAGGAGAAAUGUUGUCUUCCAAAUAUGGAUAUAUAUUUAUACAUAUAUUUCUAGAAGAUAUGCCUAAUGAAGAUAUUAAACAGUGUAUGAUAUUUUUGGAAAAUUCCACUCAUUCCAGUGGGGUGUCUUUAAGAAAACGUAAUUUCCGGAUCAUCUUGAACGAACUACUUUUGAAUUUUCACGAAAAAAACGAUAAAGUAUUAUUAGCUUUACGAUUGCUUUCUAACGAAGAUUUCGAAAACCAGGGAAAAGCUAAUUCUAUUCAAGAAUAUCUCCAAUCUCAUUUUCUGGGAGUACUCUUAUAUUUCGAUCUCAAAAUGAUAUCUAAAAAUGCAGGAAAGGACAAAUUCCUGCUUAGUUUGGCCGAUUUGUUCAAGUUUAUGGGGUCGAAACAUAUAAUGCCUUUGAGAUUCAAAAUAAUUGCAAUGCUACAAACAAUAAAUUAUAAAAAUUUUCCUCGAUUGACUUGCACAAUUUGGGACGCCUUCAUCCGUACAUGCGAAAUAGAAUCACUAGGACCACACUUAGCUGUGAUUUGUGUUUCCGUACUACCUUUAAUUGAUCAUUGUACAACAGAAGUAAACGAUAUGUUGAAUUAUCUGAUUAUACAAAAUGAAAUCCACAUGAAGAAUCAUAUACCAGAUUUAUUUUUCGUUAGCCAUAACAAAAUUAACCUGGAGAUCAUUAUGGUUAUUAGGAAAUAUCUGGAGUUGUUCGAAAAAAAUAAUUUGAAAGAGAAGAUUCAGAGAUUUUUGAAAUACAUAAUGCACGAAUCCACAGAAGUUCGUAUACAGGGUCUCAAGCAACUCAAAACUUAUUUAGAACAAGACAGAGAAGCACUGGAUCAAAUGAUCCUCGAUUAUAAUGGAAUUGAUGCUACCAUAGUUGAACUUAUUGAUGUUUUAACAACGGGGUGUAGAGAAAAAGAUGAAACACUGAAACUGGCCUGCGGAGAUCUGUUUGGGGAAUUGGGAGCUAUUGAACCUAGUCAUUUACCUAGAAGAUAUACUCAGGAAGAUACAUCAUUUUGCUUUUAUAUAAAUGAAGAUACUUUCAUUGUAAACUCCCUCAACGAAUUGAUUAAAGCUUUCCAAGCUGAAAAAAAUACUCAGAGUAUGGAUAGAUAUGCGUUAGCCAUUCAAGAAACUUUGAAAGGUUAUGAAAUUUCUCCUGAUCCGCACAGUAACAAACAUUAUCUAUGGGUACAGUUUCCAGAUACUCAAAGAGAAGUUAUGUUACCACUAUUGUCUUCUAGAUAUAUGAUUGCUCAACCAGUUUUAGCAACUAAUUUGACGACUCCCAUAUAUGGAUCGACAUCGGGAUCUACUUUCCAAGCUUGGUUGUAUAACUGGACUUGCAGUUUGAUAUCCUCUUUACCAGACGGAAGGAAGACGCUUUUGAAAGUGUAUUUACCGAGUAUGAAACAGGACCGACGAAUUCUUAUGCAUUUUAUGCCGCAUAUUCUUCUGCAUGCACUAUUAGAAGGAAGCGAUAGAAUUGCGGAAAAAUGUUUAGUUGAAAUUCAAACUAUUACAAGUUCCAUAACUGAUAACCGUGCAAUUUUGAAUGUGCGUCCUGACAUAAAUACUGAAACUCCAACCGUUACUCCAGAAAAAAUUAAACAAAUACAAUGUACCAAAGUUGUAUUUUUACUUUUGGAUUAUUUGGAUCGCUGGGUUAGAGAAUGGCAGUGGCAAAAAGGAAUGGAAGGUUCAACUGAAAAGCACUUUAAGAUUAUUACGUGUUUCCUGAAUAAAUUAUGUAAAUUACAACUUGCCAAAUGUAAUUAUCAAUCUGGUGAAUAUCCAAGAGCCUUAAUGUACUUAGAAGAUUAUAUUACGGAUUCCAAUGGGGAACUUCACAAUAAUUUAUCGUUUUUUGCGGAGAUAUAUGCACAAUUAGAAGAACCCGAUGGCGUUGAUGGAGUUAUGGCAUUACAACCGAAUGAACCAUCCUUAGAACAAAGAAUUUUAGCUUUAGAGGUAGCUGGAAAACUUGCUGAUGCCACUAAUUGUUAUGAACGAAUGCCACAACCAUUACAACUUCAGCAUAUACAGGGUUUAACACAGUGCUACUUAGGAUUGGACAAUGUAAACACUGCAUUGUAUUUUGUAAAAGGGGCUCUAAAUAGUCAACAAGAAUUCAAUAAUAUGUUAUUAGAAAUGCAGGCUGAGCCGUUAUGGAGGCUGGGUCAAUAUGAUGAAUUGAAUACUCUGAUAAAAGAUCCAAAAUUAUCAAAAAAUAAAAGUUGGGGAGUACAAGUAGGAAAAGCUUUAUUGCAUAUAAAAAAUGGUGAACGAAAUUAUUUCAAAUCGACGAUAGAUGGAUUAAUGAUGCAACAAGUAUUUUCGUUCGGUGCUACAAGUUUAGAGGAGGGGGCGUACAAAAGCGGUUACGGUUGUGUUUCAAAACUGCAUGCUUUGAAUGAACUCCAACAAGUAGAAAAAAUUAUUUUUGAUUUAUUGGAUAGUCCAAAUAAUAGAGAGUAUGCAGAAAAUGUUAUAAAAAAACUUUCAAAAGAAUGGUCACUUCGUUUAAAAGUUGUACAAGAAUCAGUUGGAAUUAUAGAACCUAUUUUAUGUUUGAGACGAGUGUCUUUGAAUUUAGCAAAACAUAUUGCUGAGGAGAAAUUUCAAACUGCCUUACCAUACUUGAAUUCGUUAAUUGGAGAAAGUUGGCUUUUGAGCGCUAAAACGGCAAGAUCGGCAGGUAUGCACCAGCAGGCUUAUACUUACUCUAUAAAAGCAGAAGAAUACGCACCUUCCACGUUGUUUUUGGAUAAAGCAAAACUUCAUUGGCUAAGAGAAGAGCAUGAACAAGCACUGCAUUGCUUGAGAAGAGGUGUUGAAGUUAUAAUGCCGGAAGGCAGUUCACCUGAUAUGCUUACAAUAGAACAAAGGAAGUUGUGUGCUGAAGCGAAACUUCUAAUGGCAACCUACAAUGAAGAAUUAUCUAACGUAGACAUUGAUGUUAAUCGACAAAUUUUUAAAGAAUCCGUAGAAAUAUUUAAAGAAUGGGAGAAAAGUCUUGUUUGUUUGGCACACUUCUUAGAUAAACUUUUUCAAAGCUAUAGUAGUGCCGAACAAGAUUCUAGGGGAAGCGAUUUACAACUGCAGAUGAUCAAUUAUUUUGGUAAAUCUUUGCAAUACGGUACACACUACAUUUACCAAUCGAUGCCCCGUAUGUUAUCCAUAUGGUUUGACUAUGGUACUAGAUUAUUAGAAGUUAGUCAAAAUUCAGUCAAAGAAGAAAGAAAACUCAUUCUAUUGCGCAUGACCAAGUUAAUUGAUUGUUUUUUAGAAAGGCUACCAUCUUAUGUAUUUCUAACAGCAUUUUCGCAAUUAGUAUCGAGAAUAUGUCAUCCACAAAAAGAGGUGUACAUAAUGUUGAAAUCCAUAAUAAUUAAAUUAGUUCAGCAAUAUCCCCAACAAAGUUUGUGGAUGGUUAUUUCUGUUAUCAAAUCCAGUUAUUCUGUGAGGUCGAAAAGAUGUGCAGAAAUUCUUUGCGAUCCUAGAUUGAAAACCACAAGCUUGACUAGACUGGUUCGAGAUUUCACGAGUUUAGCAGAAAAAUUGAUUGAAUUGUGCAAUAAGGAAAUACCAGCUGAUGCUAAUACUGCCAGUGUUAACUCUUUACUGAGAACGUUACCGAGGUUACUGGCAAAAGAUGAUUUUAGUGAAAUUAUGGUGCCAACGUUCAAAUUAAGAAAACUUAUUAUACCUAAUCCGGAUUUUAGUAAUGCUCAGCAUAAUCCGUUUCCAAAUGCGUAUGUGUACAUCGUAGGCAUUGAAGAUGAAAUCAGUGUACUGCAAAGUUUGCAAAAACCUCGAAAAAUUUCUUUAAAAGGAUCAGAUGGAAAAAGAUAUAUUUUCAUGUUAAAACCAAAAGACGAUUUGAGAAAAGAUUUUCGCCUUAUGGAAUUUAACGAUAUAGUUAACCAUUUAUUAGCUAGAGAAGGUGAAGCUAGACAGAGGAGACUAAAUAUUAGAUUAUAUUCUGUAGCACCACUCAAUGAAGAAUGUGGAUUGAUAGAAUGGGUUCACAACCUUGUCGGAUUGAGACCAGUUUUAUUAUCUCUGUAUAAGCAAAAAGGUUACAUAAUGAAGGCAAAAGAAUUAAGGGAUGCUUGUUGCAAUAUUAGAGACUCUCUUGAAAAGAAGCGGGAUGUCUUUUUGAAAAAGUUGAUACCACGACAUCCGCCAAUAUUAGGUGAAUGGUUCAGGAAAACCUUUCCCGAUGCACAAAGUUGGUUAACAGCACGUACCGCAUAUGUUAGAACAACUGCAGUUAUGUCAAUGGCUGGAUACAUGCUUGGAUUGGGAGACCGACAUGGUGAAAAUAUUCAAUUGGAUUCUACAUGUGGUGACGUUGUACAUGUAGAUUUCAAUUGUUUAUUCAAUAAAGGGGAAAAAUUCGACUGGCCCGAACGUGUACCUUUCAGACUGACACACAAUAUGGUGGCUGCCAUGGGUCCAUUGGGAGUUGACGGAAUUUUCAGGAAAUCGUGCGCUUGUACUUUAAGAGUACUUAGAGAUAAUUCUAAUACCUUGAUGUCAAUAGUAGCUCCUUUUGUAUACGAUCCAUUAGUAUCUUGGCCAAGGCAUUCUUCUUUACCUAACAUUCAUAAUUCUGAAAGAACAAAUGAGGAGGCAGUGGAUCAUAUAAAGAAUAUAGAAUUAAGACUUAAGGGAUCUGUUAAAACAAGAAAUAGGACAGUAACAAUGCCUCUAUCCGUAGAAGGACAAACAAAUUACUUGAUAAAAGAGGCAGUUAGUAUCGAUAAUCUUUGUCAGAUGUACUUAGGAUGGGGAGCAUAUUUGUAAUUAUUUUUAAGGUUAUGUAUUGUAUAUUGAUUGAAAUAAAUGUAUUUUCCCAAAUUUUUUAAUAAAAACAAAAUCAAUUGAAACUCAUUUUGGAAAACGCACUUUAUAAUGCUAAUAUAAUGG